GAAUCAUAUAGGCGAUCCUAUAUAUUGUUUCAACAGAACAUGCAUGAUGUUCUGCAAGGGAUGCAGGUUUGUCAUUUGUGCUUGGUUCACUUGUUCACCUCGAGUUUUGGUCAUGUGAAACGUUCAGAUCAAGCGUUGGUCAUGUGAAACUGGCAUGAGAUAAAGCCGAAGCUUGAGGACCCCAACUCGCAGGUUCCCUCUUUUUACAGGCCUCCUCUCCGAAAAGUUCUCUCCUGUAAGAAUAGGUCUGCGGCGACCUCAAAGCCUUGUUGGACUUUUACGAGCGAAAUGGUGGGCUGGAGUGGCUUCGCACCUGCUGUCAGAUCGAAGACCACACAGGGCAUACUCGGAGUGCCAGUGAGGAUCAGACCAGGAGAUUGUUGGGGCCGGCCUUCCUAAACCUGCUUGGGCGUGAGUACGUCGUGGACAUUGGCAAGGCGGCGCAAGACUUAGCGGAGCGUCUUCUGGGGGUGGCCUUGGUCCCCACGCCCGAGCUGAUCCUCGUGCGGCUGCAGCAAGCAGCUGCAAACUCCAAGACCUACCUGGCUGCGCUGAAGUACUUGGCUGAGGAGUGGCAAGAGCAGCGGAUCUCAACGCAGCGGGUGAUGGAUGAAUUGAAGAGAGGUCUGUGGUUGCACUCGGAGGAGGGUGGAGGAAAGGCAAUCUUGAAGCAGCUUGAGAUGGCCUCCUGGCAGGACAUUGAGAUCUUAAUCCCUCCGUGGACAAAGAAGAAGCAUCGCCAGGAGGUGAAGGACUUCAUGGUCAAAGGCCUGGGACUUCCAGAAGCUGCCGAAAGUCAGAAACCGGUGCAGCUUACCCCAGAGGUGGCAAAGGACACUUCCAUGCUGGAAGCUGAUGAGGCGGUGCCAUCCCAAGAGCCCCAGUGGGCUGCGCAGCAAGGCGGGCGUUCCGCCUGGAACACGCCGGGCGUGCGUGCCAAGAGCACGCCAGGGCCGCCAAGUGGCCUGCCAGCCAUCGGCGCAGAAGGCAAGAGGCCGUUGGAGGGCGGCGACGAGCCUCGCAUGAAGGUAAUGAAGGUGAAGCGGGAAAUGCAGGACACGGCAGCCUCCACAUCGGCGCUCCCUUCGCUGCCCCUGCUGCGGGAGCAGAUGGAGGAGCAGGAUGCCGACGCAUCGGAAGCUGUUCCGCCGCCGCGGACUGCCGCUGCGGCCGGGGCGGCUGGCGCGCCGGUGCACUUCCCGCCAUUGCCGGUCUUGGCCAGGCUCUUGAACGAGAUCUACCACGAGAACGGCGGAAAGGAGUUCCUGCACGGAAGUAAGGCACAGUCGAUCGUGCCGGAGGCCUCGGAGAUGCCUGUGGCGCAGAUCCGCUUCACGCAGAACUCGGUGUCUGCGCGAUUUCUGCACGGCAAGAUGAAGGGCCGUCGGCUGCUAGAUGUGGUGAAAGAAUUGCUCGAGGGAAAGCUGAGCCCGGCAGAUUUGCAAGUUUCGGUGGUGAAGUUCAGGGAGGAGUAUUGGACCUUGAACAACCGCCCCUUGGCCACCGGGGAUGGAGGCGGACGCUCCAGAGUCGGACUCCGAGGAGGACGCCCAGCCAGAGUUCAACGCUAAGGAUGAGGAACUGCUCCAAGGAGGUGCUGAGACAGCUGAUGGUUGAGCGCUGUGAGCGCCCGUGGCUGUGAGCGCUGGUGGAAAAGAGUUUCUGCGGGGCAGGAAGGCGGAAGGCGGAGCGAGGCUGACGGCUUGGAGAUAGUCGAACCAAAAUGUCCAGAAUCAAGAGCAAUAUGUCUCCACCCCAUAUUCACAUCUGCGGAUAUAUUUU